AUGCCGAAGGAAAAACAUCGUUGGGAACAAGUGGCAACCAAAUUAAGUGUAGAUAUUCAGGCUCAGUUUGAACAUACCAUGGAACUUAGCUAUUGGUAUUUACCACAUCAUUUGAGAAAAUGCUUAUUAUAUCUUGCAGUAUUUUCGGAGGGCAGAGAGAUUCAAGUCUCAAAGUUAACAUGGUUAUGGAUAUCAGAAGGUUUUGUGAAAACUCACUCGGAGAGGCUUCCGGAGGAUAUUGCAGAUAAUUACAUGGAGAAUCUUGUUGAGAGAAACCUAGUAAUGGUUUCUAAAAGGAGUUUUGAUGGUAAGAUCAAGGCAUGUCAUAUUCAUGAUCUGUUGCUUGAAUUUUGCAGGAAGAAAGCCGAGUUGGAGAAUUUCGCACAGAGGAUAAAAGGGGAGCUUAGAAAUACUGAAUUCUCUUCGACAGAUCAUGCAUCAGACAUUUUUAAAAGGUUCAGCUUUCUGAAGGUGUUAGAUUUUGAAUUCACCGUAAUUGAUUCAUUACCACAAGGACUAACCUUUUUGAGGUAUCUUGCUUUUCGGACUGUUGAAGAUACAUUAUCACUCCCAACCGAUCUUCUGAACGUUGAAACUUUAAUAGUUCGAGGAGUUGGAGGACGAGUAUCAUUACCAAAUACCAUUUGGAAGAUGGUUAAGUUGCGACAUCUACACAUAUAUGAUCAAGCAUUCUUCACUUUAAACAAUAGAGAGGAAUUCUCAGAAACCUCCUCUACAAUGGAUGAUCUGCAAACGAUUUCCUCAGUAUGUUUUUCUCGUGUGAAGAAUGCUGAUAAGAUCUUGGAGAAGACACCAAAUCUUCGAAAAAUGAGAUGUGAAGUUUCCAAAUUUGAAGGCUCAUUUCCUGCAUUUAGCAAACUUAAUAAGCUUGAAAUGCUCAAGAUUUCUUCUGGUGAACAAUUGACCUGGAUCAAUGAUUUGAACAUCCCAAGAAACUUGAAGAAGUUGACACUGUCCUAUUUCCGGAUAGAUCUUAAUGAAGUCGCAACCCUUUCAAAUCUUGAGGUACUCAAGCUGCUAGAAGUUACCAUUAGAUCCAAUGUAUGGAAAGUGAACGAUGAGCAGUUCCUUCGACUCAGAAUCUUGAAACUAGAAAAUCCUUCUUUUUCAAGAUGGUAUGCCUCAGAUGAUGCCUUUCCAUGCCUUGAACGCUUGGAACUGAAAAGAUGCCAGCACCUCAAGAACAUCCCUUAUUGUUUUGAGCAUUCUUCGUCCCUGAAAUCGCUUAAGAUUAUAUCCUGCAAUGACAUGCUUGCCAAUUCAGUCAUGCACACCAAAGAAUCAUCAAAGUAUUUGCACGGAGCUUCUGGUUUCGAGGUGAGUCUCGAGCUGUUUGGAGCUAAACCAGAGUUAAACGAGCAGCGAAACGACCAAACCAAGGAAAUAAAUAUUCUGAAGUGUAUUCAAUAA